UAAACACAGUACUGUCUUCAACCUAUUAUGUUUUUCUAUAACAAGACACUUUCUCUAAUAUUCAAAUCAUAAUACAACAGAAUGGCUUUCCCUUCAAAGAACAAAAACAAACCCAGAAAGUGUUGGGAUCGUGAAGAUGAUUUACAUGAUUACCUCAAAUACAAGAACACUCAAAAUCAAAAUCAAAACAAGUUCAAAUACUUCAACAACCUUCUUCACAAAUUUGUUAUCAAACAUCCAAAACCCGACCCAGAACUUGUCCAGUUCACACAGGGUUCAGCCAGCAUUGUACAAUCUCAUGUCCUUCGUCUUCAAGAACAAAGUAGAGACAACAAUGCUGAAGAAAAUCUCACAGAAGAUGAAGAGGAACAAAACGGGUUUUUGUCGGAUUAUUUUAAGCCUCAUGGAAAAUCUUAUGUACUAGACAUUGUUGAGGAUGGUGUUUUGGUGAAAUACGAGGAUGAGGUUAGGACUAGGAAACGGAAUUGUGCGGUAAAACGCUCUGCUGCUAAAAAUGGUGGUAGAUCUAAGAGAGGACGCAAGAGAAAGAAUGUGAAAGGUGCAUGCUUUGAAAAAAUUGGUGAGCAAGUUGAUACUCCAUCAUGCAUGGAAGGAAGCGUGAAAGAGGAGAUUCAAGAUUAUGAUGUUGAUGAUGAUGAUGAUGAUGAUGAUGUUGAAGAAAUUGACAUGAUGCAUGUGGAUCAUGAUCAGACGGAUAAUGAAGGCAGUGCAAGGAAAGUUCCAGAGUUUAGAGAAAGACUCGAGAGUGAACUUAAUAGGCCUUACUGUGAGGAAGAGUGCAAGAGACUGUUGCAAGACUUUAAUCUUCGAAAACGGGUUCAAAAGCACAAAAUUCUGCGUGGGGUUGAAAAAAUCUAUGAGGGAGAUCAUGAUGGAAAGUCUUAUCAUGAUCAUAACCAUGAUCUUGCAAAGCAAAUAGAAGCAGCUGGUGAUGAUCUUCCCAAAGUUCUGCGUCUCCUGCGAGGAUUUUUCUUUUGGUUGACAAAUUUAACAGAUGAAGGGGCGUUCUUGCCAUGGAGAAAUCCGUUGGAUUUGGAUUUGGAUGUACUGCCACAACAUCAGGAAAAGGAAAUGAUGAUAAUUUAGUGUGUUUGGUUUUCUAUGAUGUAAGGCUGUAUUUACAAUAGGCUAGUUAGAAAUGGGUGUAUUACAUCUGUCUCCAGUGUAAUUAGCUUUAACCUUUUUCGGUUUCAUAGUUUAAUCUUUAAUGUGGAUUUUACGAUGAAGAAGUGUGACAUAUAGCCUGUAAGAACACGGAGCUCAAAUUAUGACCUGUGUCACUCUUCUUAAGGACAUGUUCCCUUUGAGUAAAGCUAUCCCUUACUCAAUUAUAGCAUGAUUUGAAUAUGA